GAAAAUAUUCGUGAGCACCGAUGUGUUAAUCACACACUGCAGACGGCACAGAUAACUGCAGAAUCAAACGGGAUCGCCCAGGGGAUAAUAGCUCUAAGAUCAGAGCAGUCGGGCAUUCCGUGUUUCGUAAUAUAACUUCAGGAAAGGUGGGACUAGGACAUUUAGGGAACUGUCAAGUUCGCGCGCAAGGAUGAGAUUGCUCGCGUUUGCUCUUCUUUGCAUCGCGCUUGCAAGGGCCGACGAUGAUUUUCUAAGCUUCGAUCCUACGACUGACGAUGUCUCGCACCAUAAGCAAAAGCAUCACGAUUCAAUUGCUGACCACAAAAGCAAUGAUCUCGAUAACUCUUUUGAGGAGACCAACAACGUACCAAGCGAGAACAGCGACUUCUCGGAGGGGAAUGAAUAUGUCGACCCUGACAGGCUGGACUCGCCAGCUAAGUCAGCUUUCAAUGCUGAUAACGUAGCGAAGGAUGUUCUGAAGUACAUGAACAUGUUUCGAGGCAUGCACGCCGCUAGCCCACUCCAGCUGUCUGCCACGCUUUCCCUUGGUGCUAAGGCUCACGCCGCCAAGCUCGCCAAGGCUGGCAAAGCUGUUCCGGACAAGAAUGUAAAGCACAAUCAGACUGUUUGUGGGAUAAUGAAAUCCCCAAUGGACGCAUCAAGAGAUUGCGUCGGUCUGUGGUACGCCAAGAUUAUGAACUAUGAUUGGGCACACAAGAAAUUAAACAAAGAUAAUCAAGACUUUGUCAACCUUGUUUUCCGGAAGACCCAGGAAGUUGGACUUGGUGUUAGCAAGGGACCAAAGGGCAAGAUCUACGUUGUUGCUUUCUACGAGCCUCUUGCUCUUGAGAAGGAUUUGGUACAGAAUGUGCUGCCAUAUACGGAUAUCUACGAGGCCGAUGAGGGAGUGAAAUGCAACCCCGGCUACACUGAAUACCAGGGAAGCUGCUACAAGCGCCACACAGAUAAGAAGACUUGGAUGGGAGGAGUUGUGGAGUGCGCAAAGGAGGGUGCCAUACUCACCGACAUCUCGGACGCCAUGCAAGAGACCACUCUAAAGGGUCUUAAGGGCAAAGACAACAAGGAUAAACUCGCAUGGGUUGGUCUAAAUGAUCGUAUCAAGGAAAGCAUCUACAGCUACGUGGGCGGCAACCCUAUCGAGCACCUCAACUGGAAGACUGGAGAGCCGCAGGGAAAGGGACAAAACUGCGUAGCGCUGGAUUUCAGCUCUACCCUCGGUACUUUCUUCGACAAAAAGUGCACAGAGAAGCACGAGUUCAUCUGCAAGAAGGCCCUCAAAGGUUACGUUUUAUAUCAAGUCAAGAUGCACCUUGCCGAAGUCUCUUACAUUGAUGACUUCAGCAAGCCACAAUCCUUGGCUUUCCAAGAGAUGAAGAAGAAGAUUGAGGACUCGAUAAAAGCAAUCUAUAAAGACGACAAGACUAUGGUUCUGAAAGCCAUACACGUUCUAGAGCUGAGCAAGACCGCUGUCAAGCCCCCUAGCCCAUACCCACUGGCUGCCUCUACCCCAUACGGUGCCCCGCCCAACCCCUACGGCACCAGCUUCCAGUACGGUAUGCAGCCCCAGCCUCAGUAUGGUAUGCCUCAUAUGAUGGGUAAGCGCGAGGUUACGCCCACCGGCACCGUGGCUCCUACCCGACCAACCACAUACACAGCUGGGCCGACAUCAUCUACAGAUGAUGAGUCUGAUGAGGAUAUGGAGUCAAUGGAUGAUGAGACGUUUGAGGAUAAGGCCAAGAAGGCUGCACCAAAGAAGAAGAAGGGUACUUACCUGACCCUUGUCUUGAAGUUUGGACCCAAAGACAAGAAGAACCCAGUCCUGGACUCCAACCCGGUACAGAAAAUCAAGGACGCGCUGAAGAAGAACAAGAGCAAGCUGCCUGCUCCCCUCAAGUCUGCUGCUAAGGUCCUCUCCGUCAAGCUACUGCCACCAGGUAGCGAGCCCUCUACCGAGUUGAUCUGCCCGACUGUGUGUGCUUCCACGUGCACAACCGCCUGCAGCCCAACGUGCUGCUUCCAGACUCCCAGCUACACCCCAUAUUCCGCGUGCUAUGGCGCCUCCCCCUGCGCCCCACCCACACCAAAGCCACCAAAGAUGAUGAAGUUCUCCGUGCAGAGAGGACCCCGCCCUCACUUCCACGUACCAAACUGGGCACCUCCACCAAAGCCGGUAAAGCCAGUAGCAAGCCCAUGCGUCCCGACAGUAGCAAACCCCUGCGCAACACCAUACAGCUACGGCUCCGUGAUGUCUUCGCCCUACAGCGCCAUGGCAUCGCCUUACGCUAGCGCCAUGGCAUCGCCUUACGCUAGCGCCAUGGCAUCGCCUUACGCUAGCGCCAUGGCAUCACCUUACGCUAGCGCAAUGUCUGCUCCAUGCGUACCUACACCAGCUAACCCAUGCCAGACGCCUGCUGCUGCUUCCCAGGCCCGCCCGGCACCAGGACGUGCACCAGCAAGGAACCCCGCUCAACAGCGUGUAAAUCUUCCAGGUUAUACCUCACAUUAUGGGUUUAGCCCUUAUGGCAAGAAAAAAUCCGUAGUACCAAAGAAAGGUCAUGGCAAGAGAUCAUUGAAGGCUGGGGAGCAGUCGAGACAAUGCAUCCCUUGUCCUCCUGGUAUGGGUAUGCCACCAAUGGGAAUGCAGCAACCGAUGAUGGGACAGCCAAUGGGAAUGCAGCAACCAAUGAUGGGACAGCCAAUGGCAAUGCAGCAACCGAUGAUGGGACAGCCAAUGGGAAUGCAGCAACCGAUGGGAGCGCCAAUGGGAAUGUGUUGCAUGCCACCACCACUUAACCCCUACCAGCCUCCCCCAUUCCCCCCACCACACCUGAUGUACCCCCAACCUACCGCACCGCCAGCAGCAAUGCCUAGAGCGAAAGCCAAGGUACAGACCCCUAGAAAGGGAGCACCUCAAAGGGCCACGGCACGAAAUGGUUAUGGUGCUCCGAUGGGAUUCGGCUCUCCAAUACAGCAACCCAUAAUGGGACAGCCAAUGGGAAUGUCACCACCAAUGGGAUUCGGCACUCCUAUGGGACAACCAAUGGGAUACGGCGCUCCUAUGGGACAACCAAUGGGAUUCGGCGCUCCUAUGGGACAACCAAUGGGAUACGGCGCUCCUAUGAUGGCGCCACAGAUGCCUCCUCAAAUGCAAAUGCAGAUGCCUUUCGGACCUAUGCCCUGUGUACCAUCACCAUUCAACCCCUGUCUUCCCCCAAAAAAGGCUGCUCCAAAGAAAGCUGCCGCUAAGAAGGCUGCCCCUAAGAAGAACGGCCCACCAAAGAAGGAAAACCUCCAAGGUUACUCUUCCCCCUUCCUCAGCGCGAUGUGGCUACCAGGAGCUCCUCCUCCAUACAUCCCCGGCCCAAUGAUGGUCUCUCAGCCUCAGGUCUAUACCCCACCUCAGCCACCCUGCAUGCCUGGUAUGCCUAUGAUGUACGGUCCAUGUGCCCGUCGCUCCCCAGUUCGAAGACCAGUCCGACCGAGGCCAAAGAGUGUCACUGCUAAAUCGCCGUGCGCAGGGACAACUUGCGGAGCCAGCACUAGCUAUGGAGCGACAAUGCAAAGCCAAUAUGGGGCACCAAUGCCUGGCCAGUAUGGAGCGACAAUGCAAAGCCAAUAUGGGGCACCAAUGCCUGGCCAAUAUGGGGCACCAAUGCCAGGCCAGUAUGGGGCACCAAUGCAAAGCCAAUAUGGGGCACCAAUGCCUGGCCAAUAUGGAGCACCAAUGCCAGGUCAAUAUGGAGCGCCAAUGCCAGUUCAAUAUGGAGCGCCAAUGCCUUCCUUCGGAGCCUCGCCAUUUGGUGCUCAUUUCAGCUCACCUUACCCACAAUCCAUGGCCCAGCCAUUGAUGCCAGGAAUGAUGGUACCUAACUGUGGAAAGAACCCAUGCAAGCCCCAAAAAUUCAAGCAGCCCAAGUUCAAGCCAGUCGAGAUCAAGGUCAAGUCUGUGCCCAUUCACAUCAAGAUCCCACAGCAGCCACCAUUCCCACCUCAGUUCCCUUCAAUGUUACAGUGCAACCCAAGCUGCAACCCAACCCCCUUCUGUCCCUCCUACUGCUCCAAGCGAUGCUGCAUUCUCCGCGCACGAGCAAAACGCCAGAAUAAGAAACCUUAAGUUAAAAAGAGACAAUGUACACCUUAGAUGGCAUUCAGUAGCCUGUUAGGUGAUACGGUUAGUCUAGUAGAAUAUGAAUAUGAAUUUUUCAAGUUCGCUAGUUUGAAAACGAGUUUAUAUGACACUCACAGAGUGUGUUCACCCGAGUAGCUUUAAAGCGCUUAGUGCACUGAUAAAUACACUUAUGGUGUGAAUUACAUUUACUUCAGUGAAGUCCUAGAGUUGUCACAAGUUCCUUCAUUUUGUCAUUGUCAAAAGUAACGCGGUAAAGAUGCCUAUAAAAAAAUUGAGCAUGGAAACAAACGCUUUUAGGAACUGGGACGGCGUUACAUAUUCAGGUUACCUCAAAGUUUCAAAUGUAAAUAAGAGUCGCGCAUUCCAGUUGAAAGGGCAUCCGUUUAACGGUUUGUAAUUGAAUGUUCAAAAUCGUUUAAACGAAACGUAGUCGUGUAGUAUUAGAUAAAACCCAAAUGGAUAAAAUUAGGUAACGUUAUGAUGUAUUCGAUCAUUAUUGCUCUUCCAAGAGAAGAAGUUUUAUCUUUAUUAAAGAGAAUUUAUGACGCGUAUGUGAUAACUAUAGAUUAAUCAAUGCCAAUAUCUAAAUAAAGUAAGAAAAAAAGGG